GCAACUGUAGUUGGUCCAACACACACACCUGGGCGCUCUGUGUCAGGCUGCGAGGAAACAAGUGCAUUGAGUAAUUUGCGUGCUAGUGUAUGUGGUAAUCAUGGCAGCAUUAAGAGUCAGUAAAGUUCCUGGGGUUCUCCACUGGCUAUUGAGAAAUACGAGACCUCAAAUUUCAAGGCACUUGCAAGCUGUCCACACCUCGGCAGGUGUUCAAGUCCAAGAAAAUGAAGGCCCACAGGCUAAGUUCUUCCCAGCAAUGAAGACACCCAUGUUACCCAAGGAUGCAUUUAAGGACAAAACAGUGAUUAUCACAGGAGGUGGCACUGGUUUGGGUAAAGGAAUGGCUACCAUGCUAAGUGCUCUUGGUGCAAAUGUUGUCAUUGCUGCAAGACGGCUGUCAGUCUUGGAGUUGACUGCUAAUGAGAUUUCUAAUCAGACUGGAAAUCCUGUCCAUGCUGUCCAAAUGGAUAUUCGAGACCCAGUAGCUGUAGCAAGUGCAUUUGAUUCCUGUGAAGCUAAAUUUGGCCUUCCUAAUAUUAUCAUAAAUAAUGCAGCUGGUAACUUCAUAUCUCCAUCAGAAAGACUCAGUGCAAAUGCUUGGAGAACCAUCACAGAUAUUGUAUUGAAUGGCACAGCUUAUGUUACCUUAGAGGCUGGGAAACGACUUAUUAAAGCAAAACAAGGGGGUGUUUUCUUGAGUAUAACAACACCAUACACACGCAGUGGAUCAGGCUUUGUCUCACCGAGUGCUUCAGCUAAGGCUGGAGUUGAGACUUUAACAAGGUCUUUGGCAGCAGAAUGGGGACGAUAUGGUAUGCGAUUUAACUGCAUUGCUCCUGGUCCAGUUGAGACAGAAGGAGCAUUCAGCCGCCUGGACCCAGCUGGUACCUUCACCAAGAAUAUUUACAAGCGCAUCCCAGCUGGACGUAUGGGAGAAGUGGAGGAAGUGGCUAAUCUGGCUACCUAUCUUGUUUCUGACUAUUCAUCUUGGAUUUCAGGAGAGACUUUGGGACUUGAUGGAGGACAGUACUGCUCGAUGGCUGGGGAGUUCAACGAUUUAAACAUCAUCUCUGACGAACAAUGGGAUAUGAUGGCACAGUUGAUACGUAAAAGUAACAAAGAAAAUAAAGAUCAUAAUUAAUUUACCAGAUGCUUAUUGGUACCCAGCCUAUACGUACAAAACAUUGUACAAUAUAGACACGGACAUGAGGUAGGUGCUGAAUCCAUUGAGCCUCCACACAAAGCCUGUUCAGCGAGCUUCUGGCGCCGUGAACCUCAAAUGGGGACCACCCGUGCCUCUUAGGUUAAUAAAAUUUAUUCAAUAAAUAUAAAAUUGUAUUUACACUUUUUUUUUUUAUGUCAUUAGGUUGAUGCCAAAAUUUUUUACCAUAAAUAUUUUACCUUUACAUACUGUAGGGUGAAUUGUAAUAUUGAAACUUCACCAAUGGUAUAAACAUUAUUUUCUAUAAUAUGGACAACAUUUCUAUCUUGGUUAUUAAAUUAAAAUUCUUACAUGACCACAUUACUUCAUUGAAAAUGCCAACACAAGAUAUUAGCAAUGGCCUAUUUGUUGCUCUACACUGCUACCAUUCUCCUUAAAACUUACUCACUGAUUCUUGUACCAUCUUUAAUCUUUCCAUGGUUGCAAAGGAUUUUUGAGAUGCUUCAGUUCCACAAAUACUAAUGUCAAACUUAUGUGAAAAAUGCAUUUGAUCACAUAUAUAUUCAAUACUCCCUGUUCUGUACAUUACUGUAAACAAAUAAAAAUCAUUAGUCAGCAA